AUGUUAAAAGAGAAACUGCAAGAAAUAAAGGAUUCAAAUACAAAUUUAUAUUAACAUUUGAAUAAUGUAUUAACAAAGAUCUUGCUGGAUAAUCCAAAAGUAUAAAUUAUUGAUGACUUAUUAAGAAUGCUUUUGAAUUAUUUGAAGAUUAUUCAUUUUAAGUAAAAUCAAAUGGAUUUACAUUUGAAAAAUAUAAUGAAUUUGAUAAUGCAAUAAGGACAAAGGUCACAAUGGAUUAGGGUAUUUAAUAAAAGACUUUAAAAUUGGUAAAUAAAAUAAAUCUUGGAACUGAUGAAGAACCAUAAGAAGCAACUUAAACAGGAUAUUUACCAAAUUUAACAGAAGAAGCUUAUUUAUAUGAAUGGGCUGGAGUAGGAAUUGAUGAAAAUUAUAAAAUAUUUAAAGCAUUGACAGUAAUUAAUAAAUCAUUAUAUAAAUGAUAGUUAUUAUCUGUUACAAAACAAGCAUCAAAAUUAAGAUUUUGGGGUAAAAUAAUGGGAAGAGAGAAAGAUUAUUAUAUUGCUGAAGGUGUUGCUACAAGUGCUGUUGAAGAUGGAGAAUUACCACCUGAAGUUGAACCUAGAGGAACUGGAAUCAAUACUAAAUCUUAUUGGGCAACAACUGAUUGUAUUUAUUUAUUAUCUAAUUUAGUAUUAAAUGAUAAAGAUUGGAUUGAAUUACCAUUAGUUACACCUUAAUAAAUUAAUGUUGCUAGAUAAAUUAAAUAUAUUUUUACUGGUAAUCUAGAAGCUGAUGUUAUUACUAAUCCUUAUUUCUUUGGAAAAGAAAAACAUUUAUUAAAAGCAUAAAUUGUUAGAAUCACAUAAUCUACUGUUAUUAUUCCAAAAGGAUAAUACAUUUUAAGAGAAGGUGAACCAAGAGAAAUUGAUCCAGCACCUGAAUAUAAAUUACCAGGAUUUCAUGAUUUAAAAACUUUAAAUGAUUGGAUACAUUUUAAUCAAAAUAUAUUAAAUGUAAAUUCUAUUUUUAUUAUAUUAUUUAAGUGUGGAAGAUUAGUUCAUUUAAUUCCAUCUGAACUACCAGAAGGUGUUGAACCAGAAGCUUAUUAAAAAUAAAUUGAAGCUGCAGAUCCUUUUGAAAAUAGAUUAAAACCUAUUUAAAAUGAUAAAUUACCUAAUAAUAAACCUGCUUGGAAAAUUAGAGUUGUAGGAGAUACAACUGAUUAUAAUCCAUUAGCCAAAGAUAUUAAUAAUAAAGUAAACAAUGGUGUUAUUAUAAUAAAAUCUUUAGUUUGGCCAGGAUUAGUCACAGUUUAUUCUGUAUCAAUAUAUAUUUAAUUAUUUUAGAAUAAAGUAUUAUCAUAAUUAUAUUAUGGUUAUGGAUUUAAAGCAACAACUAAUCAUUUUUAUCCAAAAUAACCAUAAUAAGUAUAAACAGAAUAGCCUGAUCUCCCUGAAUAACCAGAACCAAAUUUCCCUGCUGAAGUACCUAAAUAAGAAUAAGAAUGAUCAUUAUUAUUAUU